AUGGAGAUGGCUGGCUUGUUCAAGGACUGGCAUCAGGAAUUUACAGUCCGUGGUUCCGAGAUCAAGAUCAGUGACGCCAUGCGUGCAGAGCUGCUGAGCUCUGGAUUGCUGCACCGUAAUCCGACGCGGGAUGAUGGCGAGGAGCCUGCCACGGUAGAGCUCGCCUUGCAGAACCUCUCGGUGUCUGAGCCCACACCGAGCCAGAAUGGUGAUGAAGAUGUCCUGUACCUGAUGGCAAGGACCAUGCUCUUCCUACCCAAGGCGUGGGCUCUCUCUAUUGACAUGAGGAACAACACACUGCUAGGUGUGGCUGAGUUUGGCACUGAAAGUGGACGGGAUGUAUGUGUCACCUAUCGCCCUAGCAUUAUCUCCAAGUACAUGAAGUCAGUGUCCGCUCCAGUGACAAAGGAAACUUGA